CUACUUCUUAGAGAAGGGAAGAUGAGCGAGUCGAUCUCGAAGUCCAGCCAGCCCUUGGCCUCCAAGCAGGAAAAGGAUGGCACUGAGAAGCGGAGCUGGGGCAGGCCGCGCAAGCAGCCUCUGGUGAGUCCCAGGACUGCGCUGGGAGGGAGUCAGAAGGAGCCCAGUGAAGUGCCAAAACCUAAGAGACCUCAGGGCCGACCAAAUGGAAGGAAAAACAAGGACGCUGCCAAGACCUGGAAAACCACCACAACUCCAGGAAGGAAACCAAGGGGCAGACCCAAAAAACUGGAGAAGGAGGAAGAGGAGGGCAUCUCACAGGAGUCCCCGGAGGAGGAGCAAUGACCGUGCGUGCGUGUCGCCUGCUCCUCACUGGAGGAGCAGCUUCCUUUUGGGACU